GGGAACUACAUCCACCAGCUGAGAGAGCGAGUCUCGUCCUCAUCCCAGCUGCUGCUCCACUGUUGACAGUCAGUGUUCUGGGCGCAACGUCCAGCUCUAGAGGUGUAAAGGUGUGAUCACAGUGACCCUGAGUGAUUUCUCAAUGUCAAGUUGACCCCCGCCAAUCGCGUGACCUCUCGCAGAAGCACAUGACCGCACAGAGGGCCAACCACCGCUGGUGAUAAUUAACCCGAAAUCAAAGCGCAGAAAAUCGGAAGUCCCGGGGAAGGUAGACCCACACGCACACACCAAUGGGGAUUAGAUAAGAAAAGUGGUGUUUUCUCUCCUUUUUUUUCAUUUUUUUUCUUUUGUUUUCAUUGGUUACCACACCCGAUCAAUUCAUUCGCCUUAAUGUCUCCGUGAAGUCAAAAGUCCACGACGUUUAAGCUCUUUCUUUUUCUUUUCCUUUGUGUGCGUGUGUGGCGUGAGUUUGUGUGUGGGUGCCUGCCUUUGGGUUUGUUGUAGCCGUCAAGCGGUUUAUUUUUUGGCCAGCGAGUCUGUACGUGCUUCUUCUCUGCUUGUGGAAGCAGCAGUCCGUUUGAGCGCGAGAAGCGACUGCUAGAAGAAAGUCGGCCUUUUCUGUCUCUCUUCAAACCUUCUCGGAUCAGAAUCUCCUCUGGAAUUGUGUAUCUCUGCGGAUUUUAGUGGUGGUUCUCAAUGCGCGCGAAAAUGCGGAUGCCGAGCAAGAAACAGUACAACUUGGUCACGAACGACGACUACGACUCCAGGAUCCCCCUCCACCCCGAGGAAGCCUUCAAUCAUGGCAUCAAGUUCAAUGUUAAGUACAUUGGAACUUUGGAUGUCCCAAGACCGACAAGCCGAGUUGAGAUCGUUGCAGCGAUGCGAAGAAUUCGAUACGAGUUCAAAGCGAAAGGCAUCAAGAAGAAGAAGGUCAGCUUUGAAGUGUCCACGGAAGGGGUCAAGGUGUCACUCAGGAAGAAGAAGGUAGAACAACUGAAAAGUUCAGAACGCUAACGCGUACCCCUUUGGCCGCCGACAGAAGCAAGCGGCCAUGGACGAGAACAAGCUGCUGGUGAUGAGCCAACCCAUCUACAGGAUAUUCUACGUGAGCCACGACUCGCAGGAUCUCAAGAUCUUUUCCUACAUCGCCAGAGAAGCCGCCUCUAACGUCUUCAAGUGCAACGUCUUCAAAGCCACUAAGAAGAGCCAGGCGAUGAGAAUAGUGAGGACAGUAGGGCAGGCCUUUGAAGUUUGUCACAAGAUCUCCAUCAAAGACACACCUCCUUCGCCAGAACCUCCUGAAGAUGAGGAGAGCGAACACGGUUCCGACGCCUCCACUGAUAAACCCAGGAAAGAUCUCUUAGACACUGAGAGUGCCCAGGAAGACCUGGUGACUCUGUCUCCCUCUGACACAGUCAAUGAGGACUCCGUAGAACUCCUGCCACAGCGACCCAACAAAUUAGAACCCCUUGCACCUCCUGUUGGAUCCGAUAUCUUAACAAAGGGUACUGGAGAAACCUAUGCCUCACCUCUAAGUGAGCCCCUACCCACAGGCGACACCUUACCACUUGCAGGGACACCUCUCUCAGUGCACCAUGAACUUCAGCUGCUAAGAGAACAGCUGGAGCAGCAGCAGCAACAGACACAAGCAGCAGUAUCUCAAGUACAUUUAUUAAGAGACCAGCUAGCAGCAGAAACUGCUGCCAGGCUUGAAGCUCAGGCUCGCACUCAUCAGCUGUUAGUGCACAACAAAGAACUGUUGGAACACAUCCAAGCUCUUGUACUUCAAGUUCGUGACUUGGAAUUGAAGCUGUCGGGGAGUGGGUUGGUAACUGGAUCUGGGGCUGCAGCAACUCAGCUGAUUCCAUCUCCUCCAGAGAUAAAAACACAGCUCUUGGUGACCACCGGUACCAGCCCUGACCACAAUAGUCGGCUAGCUGCAGCGCUGGAUCUGGGGGGCUUGGUGUCCCUCUACCACACCCCACCUCCUCCUCCUACUCCAUCUCCAAGUAAUUUUCAACAGCCUUUCCUUUUCCCCCCAUCUCCAUCCAAUUCUGCCACUUCCCUUCUUGCUGGGCUUCAGCUUCCGACUGGAGUAUUUCAGGAGCCCAGUUCUGUCCCCCACUCCCGUGAACAUUCUCCUCGGGUAUCAUUAGCAGCAGGAACACUAAUACAUCCAUUGCCUGUUGGUAAUGAAGGAAAUAAUGCUGGGGAGUUAACCCUGGCCGUUCCUCGACAGGAACCUCACCUGAACCCCAAAAUCCAAGCCUUGCCUCGUCCCCGGGGAAAUCAGCGCUAUGAUGAAUGCAGCAGCACGCCUUCUUUGAGUAGUGAGAGCGAUCCCAAACGUGACAGCAGUGGACAGUCUUCUGGAGAGAGUGUAACACAGGCAGUUGCACAGCUGUAUGCUAUGGAACCUCAGCGUCUGGCCCAGGUACCAGAAGAUGCAGUCACUCUUGGUCCUUAUGGGCCAACACCCCUUGGCACUCCACGGAAUCUGAAUGGUCCUAUAACGCGCACAGCUAGUGAACGAGUCUCUCGACAGGAGACCUUAGCCCAGCUCCAACGUCUUGCAUGGGCCAGGCAUACAACAAAAUGAGACUUGCUGUCUUUGAAAGCAGUACAAUUAACAAAAGACAUAGUAAAAACAGUGUCACAAUAGUUUAUACAUAUACUGUUAAAACACUUAAGUAACAGAUGAUCAUGACAGCAGAUUGUGCCACAAGUUAAGUACUUUAGGGGUGAUGUAUUGUGUAAUGGACAUACAUACGGGUGGUUAUGUGGGGCAUAUUGUUUUGGGCAUAGUUAGAAUGGGUUGCUAGCACCACCUCAGACUGCACCCCUUUUAAACCUGUGAUAACAGUUCAGUGUCUCAGAAUGUUUGUGUUGUGUGUAAUACUUGAGAAGUACAUAAUGUGAAACAGUCCAUUACUGAUUUCCUCUGAACCUGUGUGCAGGACAAAUAAUUUCCAGUAAGAGUGAAAAAGAUGUAAAAUGUAUUGAGAGUUAAAAAAAGCCAGUCACUUCUUACCUAUAAGCAGCCUCUCCUUUUAGUCUUAUUAAAUGUAAGUAUGGUAAUGUAUUAUAAUUAAGAUAUUUAAUCUAAGUUUAGAGACAGUAAUUGAGUCUCCAUUAUGGGUGAAUCUAUUGUGAACUCAUAUUACGUGUCAAGUGGAAAGUAGUUUUGCCCAUGGACUCAUGUCUCCAAGAGUGACCUAAGGAAUGUUCAGAGUUGUCAUACUCAAUGCCAUAUCAUCUGUUGCCUGACGGGGACCAGAUAAAGGUUAUAGCACCCUUAUUAGUCAUGUCACUGGCAACGCUGUAUAUCACCAUCAUUAUUCCUUGUACAUAGUACCAGUCCUAGAUUAAGAUACACCUUCCUGUAUAUUUUUACGUAUUGCUUCAGAGCUCAGCAGAAGACAAAUCAGACCAGUAAAAUACUACUGUAAUUUAAGCAUAAGAAUCUGGAAUCUCUAGUGACCACUACAUUGUACAUAAUGACUGUUUUCUUCCUCCUUUUUAUGGGUUUUCAGUACAGUACCUUGUGAAUGUUAUUCCCUCCAGCAUUUCAUCUUGUGUAUUUAUUUGUCAUUAUUUUAUUUACUGUAACCUUCAUGUCAUCACUUUAACAGCAUCGAUGACUUCUUUAGUUAUUGUGCCAAUUCAGUGCCAAAUGCUUGGAGACAGAAUGUGUAACGUAACGCUAUGCAUGCUGUUCAUUCACUUCCUGUUCAAGCAAUAGUUGAUGUUGAUGUGCUUGUAACUGACAUCCCUGUAAGUGCAUAAAGUGCUCAGAAACGCUGUCAUUUUCAGUAUGAAUUUUUGAGAUACUGAAGACUGAUUACUUGAUACUGGAAACUCUUUCUGUAAAUACUCUUGGAUGAUAUUAAAAUGGCAGAAGAGGAGCCAUAGAUGUUCACACCUGCACACCAACAUCAGAGCAAGGUACUACUUUAAGUCAGCAUAAUUUUAUUUUAUUUAUUUUUCUUUUUUUCUUUUUGUUUAUUCAAUGAGCUAGUCUGAUUUUAGUUUGUAGUGGCUGCUCUCCCUUGUCACUUUAGCCAAAUUACAUAAGCAUAGAGGGAUCAUGAUGCUUGUUAUAUUUUUUGAGAAUGCCAGUUCAGCCUUCGCUCUCCUACUGGUUUAGGAGGGAUUGCAAGGUUAUAGACUGUGUGGCUUGUUAAUGUAGAAGUUACAAAGGAGAGGAUUAGUUUAACUAAAACUCCAUAUGUGAUGUUCGUUUCAACAAUCAUGUUGGCUAAAUUGUAGAGAUGCUUAGUUAUCCCCUUUUUUAUUUAGCUAGAAAUGUAGAACUACCACUACUGUUGUGAGCUUUAAAAAAAUUUUAGCACAUAAUUGUUUGUCCCAUGUAAAUCUAACCUUGAUAAGUGCUAACUGUCCCUUUGUUUUAUCAUAAAAUAACGGUACAACUAUUUGCCACAUCCAUCCAAAGCGUCACAAAUAGUUUUAUGUGCAACUAAUGUAACUGAUUUUACUUGAAGCAUAGUUCCUCUUAAAGGUAUAUCUCCUUUAAUGGACAUCAAAUUUAGUAGAUCCUGACUGACAGCUGAUGUAUUAUUAAGUACACAUUUUCCUUUUAACGUAAACUGUUAUAUUACUUUAUUUGCAUUUGUUGAAAUUUGAAGUAGAACUACAUUAAUAUUUAUAAAGUCCAUUUUAUUGCCGAAAUAGUGUAGUUCAGAAUAAAUACUUUUCAAUGUGGCAGAUCAACAACGUGGUCACUGAAUUCACCUAGAUCAAUUAUGAGUUUCAACCUGCUAAAAUACCUUUGUAUCCUAAUGUCACAUAUCUAGAAGCCAGAACCUCUAGUUUAUGUACAAAUACUGUUAUGUAGAACUUGACCUUCUAGUUUUGAAAACAACUCCUGAAGUGAAAGGCGAGAAUUAUCUUAUUUUGUAAUGGUAUACUGUAUAAUAUGAAUAAAAUGAAUGACCUCUCCUUCAUUGUUGUUUCACACUCUGUACUGUUAUUUGUUAAUGAGAUGUCCAGAUGUCUGUACUGUACUUAAGAUUUUUUUUUCAUCUAUCCUUCAAUAAAAUUAUUUCCGGAUAA